GGAAAGCUGUAAUCUGAAACCUCACGGUGAGCUGAAAGGUUGGGUGAAAUGGUAACUGUUGGGUUUCCCCAUUAGUCUGCGGUCAGAAUGGACAUAGGUGUCGCGAUUCUGAUAACGGGCUUCGCUGCCGUCUUUGCGGCGUUCCUGCUGCUUCUAAAUGGCCUCAUCUACUCAGAAUUCACAAAUUCGAAAAUCCCCCUUGGAGUCGUCAGUCGCCGGAAGCUGCACCUGGUCCACAUGGUACAAGUUGGGUGUGCGGUUCUGGGUCGGAUCCUGGAGCGCAUGGGCCUCUGCCACCAGAUCACAUUUACGCGGAAGGUGCUAUCCUGGCUCACAGUCCGGAAGGAGCCUGUUCCCUCAGGACUACGCAUCAAAGACCUGAUGUUUGCCAAUGUUCCUGUCCGGGCAUAUGAGCCUACAGUGCCCUCUGGUGGCAGGAGGAGAGCAUUGGUUUACUUCCAUGGAGGAGGUUGGGUAUUAGGCAGUAUAGAUACGGCUGAUGCGGUCUGCAGAUACAUCGCCAAGGAGUCUGACACGGUAGUGAUAUCUGUUGGCUACCGGCUGGCCCCUGAGCACCGAUACCCCGCCCAGCUGGAUGACUGCGAGGCCGCUACGUGUCACUUCCUCUCCGUGGCCGAGGCAGAGUUCGGCGUGGAUAUGCGGCGCAUAGCUGUGGGCGGGGACAGCGCCGGGGGCAACCUGGCGGCGGCGCUGUGCCAGCGGCUAGCGCAGCCGCAGUCGGGGGGUCUGCCACCGCUACGGUCUCAGGUGCUUAUCUACCCCGCCCUGCAGAUGGCUGACUUCAGCCUACCCUCCUAUGUGCAGAACCAAGCCGUGCCCCUUCUUUUCCGCGGACGGGCGGCAUUCUACUUCCUGCAGUACCUCAACGGGGAAAUGUCAGUGUGCCAGGAUGUGCUGGAGGGCAGCCAUGUUCCCGCUGACCUCCGACUGCAGUACCGGCGCUGGUUGUCCCCAGACAACCUCCCACCGGAUUUCCUACCUAGGGACUACAAGGAGCCGGAGCCGGGCGAGUUCGACGGGGAGGUCUAUCACCUGCUUCGCGAGGGUCUGGAGCCUGGCAUGUCCCCGCUGCUGGCGGAGGACUCCGUGCUGCGCUUGACUCCGCCUACUUUCAUGCUAACCUGCGAGUAUGACGUGCUCAGGGACGACGGGCUACUGUAUCGUAAGCGGCUGGAGGACCUGGGCGUGGCCGUGUCCUGGCGCCACAUCCCGGACGGAUUUCAUGGUAUCCUCAACUUCUGUAGCAGUGGAUGGCUGACCUUCCCGUCUUCCCGGGCAGCCAUGGACUGCAUUGUGGAAUACGUAAAAACAAUCUGAGGUUUCUCCAGCCCCAAACGCACCGUACACACUCUCUGCAUGGUCUCAGUACAUCGGCUGGGAGUGCUUUAAAAUCAGUGCAUCGUCUCCUUUCCGAAAUAAUGACCUGAACAUAGGGCCAGCGCUACCUUUUCAAAGGCCCUGUGCAAAGUGUUACAUAACCCCCCCCCACCAAGAAAACUGAUGCUCAUUUUACUUCCUCCACAAUGCAGUAUAUUUCAGGGGCCUUAGGCAGCUGCCAUUCUCCUAGAGCCUUCUGUCCAAUCAAGACGGUGGGCAUGCAGGGGGAGAGUCCCCACCUCCCAUUGGCCGUGGGCAUGCACGGGGAGAGUGUCCACCUCCCAUUAAGUAGAAAAUGUAGAUAAACAAUGCAAACUGCUGAAUUCAGAUAAAUGUUGCCAUUAUGUGGUCAAGUACAAAGAAACCCAUUCAAAAAUUCCGAGUUACCUAAUGUAAACAGGAUGCUUGCACAUUUGGAAAUAUUAAUAAAGUAUUUUCUUUUUGACGGGCCAAA